GGCGGCGGCGGCAGAGGCGGCAGCGCUCGCCAUUGCCGCUGGUGGCAGGAGGCUGCGAGGAGCCGGCGCGGUCGCAGUCUCCACGGCGCAGGCCCACGGUAGCGCAGCCGCUCUGAGUAGAUCUUCAUGGAGGAGCACGGAGUGACCCAAACUGAACACAUGGCUACCAUAGAAGCCCAUGCAGUCGCCCAGCAGGUACAGCAGGUCCAUGUGGCCACCUACACUGAGCACAGUAUGCUGAGUGCUGAUGAAGACUCACCUUCUUCUCCUGAGGACACCUCUUACGAUGAUUCAGACAUACUCAACUCCACAGCGGCUGAUGAGGUAACAGCCCAUCUAGCUGCUGCAGGUCCUGUGGGAAUGGCUGCUGCCGCUGCUGUGGCAACAGGAAAGAAGCGGAAACGGCCUCAUGUGUUUGAGUCUAAUCCAUCUAUCCGGAAGAGACAGCAAACACGCCUGCUUCGGAAACUUCGAGCCACAUUAGAUGAAUAUACUACUCGAGUGGGACAGCAAGCUAUUGUCCUCUGUAUCUCCCCCUCUAAACCCAACCCUGUCUUUAAAGUGUUCGGUGCAGCACCUUUGGAGAAUGUGGUGCGGAAGUACAAGAGCAUGAUCCUGGAAGACCUGGAGUCCGCCCUGGCAGAACACGCCCCCGCGCCACAGGAGGUUAACUCCGAGCUGCCACCUCUCACCAUCGAUGGAAUUCCGGUCUCUGUGGACAAAAUGACCCAGGCCCAGCUGCGGGCAUUUAUUCCAGAGAUGCUCAAGUACUCCACGGGUCGGGGAAAACCAGGCUGGGGCAAAGAAAGCUGCAAGCCCAUCUGGUGGCCUGAGGAUAUCCCAUGGGCGAAUGUCCGGAGCGACGUCCGCACAGAAGAGCAAAAGCAGAGGGUUUCAUGGACCCAGGCACUACGGACCAUUGUUAAAAACUGUUAUAAACAGCAUGGGCGGGAGGACCUUUUGUAUGCUUUUGAAGAUCAGCAAACACAAACACAGGCCACAACUACACACAGUAUAGCCCAUCUUGUACCAUCACAGACCGUAGUCCAGACCUUUAGUAACCCUGAUGGCACUGUCUCACUUAUCCAGGUUGGUACAGGGGCAACAGUAGCCACAUUGGCUGAUGCUUCCGAAUUGCCAACCACAGUCACUGUUGCACAAGUGAAUUAUUCUGCAGUUGCUGAUGGAGAGGGCUUGGGGCCCUUUCUCUGGGACAUGGUGACAUCCGGCAUAGAUAACCACACAGUGGCUCCCAACAGAUGGAAAGGGAGAGCAACAAGAGCUCAAGCAAAUACAACUAAAGCACUGAGACUGAAGAAUAGGAAAUUCCAAAGAAAUGUUAACACCCAAGUGGAACAAAAUUGGGCCACGUUACAGGGAGGUGAGAUGACCAUCCAGACGACGCAAGCAUCAGAGGCCACCCAGGCGGUGGCAUCAUUGGCAGAGGCCGCGGUGGCAGCUUCUCAGGAGAUGCAACAGGGAGCUACAGUCACCAUGGCGCUCAACAGUGAAGCCGCCGCCCAUGCUGUCGCCACACUGGCCGAGGCCACCUUGCAAGGCGGGGGACAGAUCGUCCUGUCGGGGGAAACCGCAGCAGCUGUCGGAGCACUUACUGGAGUCCAAGAUGCUAAUGGACUGGUCCAGAUCCCCGUGAGCAUGUACCAGACUGUGGUAACCAGCCUCGCCCAGGGCAAUGGGCCGGUGCAGGUGGCCAUGGCCCCUGUUACCACCCGGAUAUCGGACAGCACAGUCACCAUGGACGGCCAGGCUGUGGAGGUGGUGACGUUGGAACAGUGACAUGCAGCCGUACCAUGGCAUCGUUUUCUAGUCUACUUCAAAAUUUUUUACACGUUUGCAGAGGUGCAAUCAAAUGGAAUUAAGUCUCUCGACUUCGGAAGAAAAGUUUUGUUAACCUUUUUUUUAAAAAGGAAGAAAGGCAGUGGGUUUUGGAAUUGCAUUUUUUAAAGCACCACUCUUGAUUUUCUGGGAUUGGUGGGAUAAGAUACUGUGUUGUCAAUUUCACCAUCCCGAAAAAGCCAAAUUGUGGCAGGACUUCUUUCUGCAGAAACAUGUGUGUAUACUUACGUGUGUGUAUGUGUGAGUGUGAAUAUAUGUAUAUGUGUACAUAUGGAUAUACACAUUUACAUAUAUAUAAAGUAUAUAUAUGUAUGUAUGUAUGUAUGUAUGUAUAUGUAUAUAUAUACAUAUAUAUAUAUAUGUAUAUGAAACCCGCAUGGAAUUAUCUGUAUGAAAUCAAGGUGAGCUGUGGAAAAAAAUAAUUCACCCAGUUUAGUGGGUGUAGGGUACGUGGCCAGACACAGUCACCCGGUUUUUGUUCAUACCAGGGUCAUGCGUUGAGCUACUGACAAACUCAGGCGGAGGUGACCAUGCCCUUCACCAAAGCUGCCUCCCAGUGGCCACCCAGAACUCUCCCUGCUGGACUCACCUGAGGAAGGAGGUUCCAGAAUGGGGUGGGGUCCAGAAAUUGUGUUUGCAAGGUCCAAGGGCCUCAUGGCCUGGCAGCUGAGAUGCUCCUUGGGCUGGCCCAGGUGCUGACCUUGCCACAGGCAGGUGAAUGUCCUUAAAGCUCCAGGCAGGGACAGGAGGGAUUUCUCCAGCCUCCCAUCUCCUCCCCUUCCCAGGAAGCCUUCUUGAUCUCAUGACUAUUAAAAUGUUGCUUUGGUUUUAAGGUCAGUCCUGGAUUGGUCAUGUAUAUGAACUGAAGGUAACGGAAGUAUUAAGGGUUUGAGGAGCAUGUGCGCGUUAAGUGUGCUUGUGGGCGUGUGCUUGGAGGGGAGAGAGUGCGAGGGGGAGGGGAGGGGUUGGAAGGGGAAAGGAAGGAGGGAGAUAAAAAUCUUCAAAAACCAGGGCACACCAAUGGGAGCAAUUUUUUUCCUUUCCAGUAACUUUCUGUAGCUUAACAGAGGAGACCGGAGGUGACGGGAGCCCCCACGUCGAGGAAGGUUGCUCUUCAUCCUGCGGGGCCUUGGAAGAGAAAGGGACCUGGGUGUUCCCAGCAGCCCUGAGGCAGGUCCUAUCUCAGAAGGGAGGCUGCAGUUUUCCCAGGUGCGGCCCGCUGGGCCAGGCCCCCGCAGCUGCCUCCUCGCAGGGGUUGACCGCUCUGGGUGUUCUCAGUAACUGUUAAAUUCUGUGAUUUCUCAGCUGUAAGCCCUGAGUCUCCAGUGGCUAAAUUCACCUGACUUCUCGACAGGCCAAAUCUCUGCUCCUUGAGUACAGGGACAACUCUUCCCCUCCUCCCGGGCCCCCACGUGUGAUAGUGUAUUUAAUGUGUUUUUUUUAAUGCGACAUUAAAAGAUCCUUCACAUCUUGCUCAGCCUUUGAGAAAAGUUUCAGAUUCUUGUAUUUGCUUGUUUUAUAUAAAACUAUCUAAUGUUCUUUGUAUGUUUUUUUCUGUACGUAAUAGGGGGAGGGAAGGGAAAUUUACAUAUGAACAGUCCUAGUUCUACAACUUGUUAUUUUUUUAAUUAUUAUUUUUUAUCGUCAUUGUGAAGCUGUUCAGGGGCUUUAAAGUCCGCGUUCCUUUGUGGUGAAAUAACCUCCUAAUAGUUUGAGAAAUUGCCAAGAAGAAGACGAAGAAAAGCAAAACCCAAGUAGCAGAGCAUGGAUUCUGUGUUGUUUUCCAUUCUGUCUAUUACUGCCUCAUUCAAUAAAUAGUUAAAAUGUGGCAA